AUGCUAGUCGUAUUCUAUCAAGGUGUCAAAGACGUUACGGCGAAAAUGGUUGUAGACGAUACAGACGCACAGCUAUUCCUUCAAUUUUCCAAGCAAAUCCCAGCGAGUUUAGAUUCCGUUGACGAUUUCUGGAUCUUUUGCUCCGUGCUCAAAUACCCAAAUCUAAUCGGUAUUAAAUUUGAAAGACCUUAUGAAAAAAGUUCCAGAACAUCUCUUGCAUGGGAGAUUGGGGAGUACGACAUUGAAUAUGCUCAGACGCUCUGUAAAGGGUUUAUGAACAAUUACAUUUCUGCUUAUAGUACUGUGAACAAAAAGUAUUCUCAAGGAAUAAUGAGCUAUUAA